UGGGCGGCUCCGCGGCAGUGAGAUGCGGUGCGCGCGGGGUCUGGAUUUAACCGAGGGCUCGCAUCAACCCCGACAAUGACAUUUUAACAUUUUUUUUUACGUCAUUGUGUGUCUGUGACCUCCGUCCUGCCUGCAGCUCACGCGUGAUGGACGCGUCUACGGUGAGGAGAGCGGCGCCGGUACCGGAGAUCAGCCCGCUGGACCGAUACGACUCCACCCGAGCCAAGACUCGUGCCAGUGUCCACUGGCUGCUGAGCCGAGCCCACGGAUCUGAAGAGAAUGUUCCUGCUGUCCUGAAGGAGGCGCUGUGUUCAGAUGGAGGUAUCAGUCCAGCAUUAGAGAAACUUCUGCUGUCAGGUGAUCUGUACUGUCGUGCCUUCACCUCAGAGCCUCUCAUCAGCAUCACAGCGCCACCUCGAGACCACAGCACCCUACUGCAGCUCCUCCAGCGAUACGGCCCGGUCCCACUGGAGCGACAGAAGCCCGUCACAGAGUCAAGGCUUACUCACAAACCCAUCAACAUGGGAGCUCACCUGGCAGUGAUAGAUUCACUGAUGUCACUGUGCGCCAUGGAAACAGUGGGGCGGAUCAAGAUGACGAAAGAUAUCGAUCAGUUUGGAAGCAACACAAGCUGGGAGAAUGCUCUUCUCUUCUGGAUCAACAAGGUGAAUCAGAAGUUAAGGGACAGCUUUAAUGUGGAGGAAAAACCGAAAUCCAACCCUUGCACAGACCUGCAACCACUUCAGCCCUCUUGUUCACAGCGCUGGUAUUGGAAACUGGUUCCACAUGCCAUCGCAUUUUGUUUGAAGGAGUCUGGAAAUAAACCUCCUGUGAUCCGUUACAGGAAAGAUAAAGUUCAGUCUAAAGAGACGGUGGUGUUUUGUGUAGUGUCUGGUGUGAAGGAUCUGUCGAAUGGUUGUGCCAUCGCUGCUGCUCUUCACUUUUACUGCCCUCAGAUUUUGCCGCUGGAGGAUGUGUGUUUGAAGGAGACUCUGUCUGUGGCAGAUAGUUUGUAUAAUCUUCAGCUGAUCACAGAGUUUUGUGGAUGUCAUCUGAAGAGAGAAGUCCACUGCUCAUUACAGAUGGAGGAUUUACUGUAUUCCCCGCCCACUCUGCAGGUGAACAUCAUGUGCUUUCUGUCAGAGCUGCUGGCUGUGUUUGAAGUCCAGAAACCAGAUUUCGUCAAGCCCACACACACGCUGGACCUAACAGAUGCAUCAGAUCUAGUCGACUGCAAGAGUCCGAUCAACAGUAGCAGCAGCUCUCCAUCUUUCAUUCUGAAGCAGUCGUUCUUGCCUCAGUCUUCUGCUAUGUCUGAAGGACGAGGCUGGAGCAAAAAAGAAAUGAGUCGUCCUCUCUCUGCUGUGGCUUUCAGCAUCCCGUUUCCUCUGGACAGUGAUGUUGAUGUCGUCAUGGGCAACCCUCUCUUCCGCUCCGUCAGCACUGACAGCCUUACUAAGGUAACCAACCCUGGCCCAUACACGCCCCCAGAGGAUCUGAGUAAGCUCAUUGGUCAGGCGCCUCUGGGGGAGUUACCUACAAUAGAGGAAACCUUACAGAUCCCUCAUAUGCUCCGUCCUGUGCGCAACGAACCACGUCUGCGACCAGAGGGAGCGCCAUCCGGUUUUUACCUCCACCAUCCUGAAGAGAGUGAGGCCAGAUUGAGCAGCUCUGCCCCCUGUAAGUCAGGAAUGAUAUAUCAACCCGUCAGAGGAGAUCCUGAUAGCAGUGAAAAACAUAGACGACGUGAUGAAUAUUUAGAUUCGGACACAUCUGAAGACUUUCACAAAACCUCCUCAAGCCCGGCCAACGGCCCCAAGGGCGGACACAUGACUAAUUUUGCCGAGCGCAGGAAAAAGGCGUUGGAUUCCCCAAGUAGCUCCAGAUCCCAGGAGGCAGCGGAAUCAUUCAGCCCCUCAGCGAUGAGUGCUGUUGGGAUAGCGGAGGCGCAGGAGCUCGGGGCGCGUUUGGAGGAGAAACGCAAGUCGAUUGAAGCUCAGAAGAGACGGAUUGAGGCCAUCUUUACCAAGCACAGGCAGAGGCUUGGCAAGACCGCAUUCCUCCAGCUUCAGAAGAAACCAGGAGAAGAAGUGGAGGAUGAGGGACAGCCACUUACUCUGGAGGAACGGCUGACACAAAUGGAAGAGCAGCUUCAACAGGAGGAGAACAGAGAGAAAGAGGAGGAGAGACAACAACAGGAGAAAGUGAAUGAAGAAGAAACGAAAAGCAACAACAAUAGCGAGGUUUUAAUUCCACCCAAAUUGGAGAAACAAGUGACUUUCUCUGUUGAAACAAAGAAAGGGGAUGGGAAAGAGCCACCAUUAGUGGAAUACGACGAGGCAGUAGCUAAGCUAAGCUCUGCCCUUCAGACCCUGCAAAAAGACAUGCAACGCCUCACAGAACAGCAGCAAAGGCUUAUGGGAAAGAAAACCACGAGCUCUCCGAAAAACACCCCUUUAAAUAAGACUCCUUCUUCCAGCAAGGCAUGGGUCAUCCCUUCCUCUCCCAAAUCCCCUGCCACACCCCCUCAUCUUUCAAGAGACUCCACUCGCAUCAUUUCACCAUAUGGAUCUCCAUCACGCUCCGGUCAAACUUCCGAUACUCCCAGAUCCCCCAAAGGCUCAGCAUCAUCCACAGCACGCAGGCACCGUAACGCUGAUCCUAAGAGUCCAAAACGCCACCAUCCUUCACGGCCCACAGAUCUCGGGUUCCAGCCGAUCACGCGUGUUUUGACGCCUCCGCAGAACGUUGACACGCUCCCUCAUCUGCGGCGAGUUUCUCCGAGCCAGUGCCAGGUACAGACCUGCUCUUCGCUACGCAUCGGAGGUCCUUGUACGCCGCAAAACUCUCCACCGCAACCUGUCCCAGCCCAAGAGAGCACACCGGAAUCUGGCUCCAGUGACCAUCACACCCCAAUCUUCACCCUGGAGCUGGAGACUGGACCUCCAUCUGCACUCCCAGCUGAUCUUCUAGGAGGUGGGAGCAGCUCAGGAGCUCCGUCGGAGUGCUCAUACGAAAACGACGUGCUUCUUAGCAGUGCUUGCCUCAAAGACGAGACAGAGGAGACCGAAGGUGUGGGGACGCUGGAGGACGACACGGAUCUGGAGCAGGGUACAGAAAUAUUCUCAUCCGAUUCCAUGAGCGACCACACCGAGACCGAGAGCAGACUGGGGCUCGACGUUUUCUUUAAGAGACACAAUGAACACUGUUAUGAGCACAGCUGGUUAACAAUCGAGGCGGGGCUUUCAGAGGAGGAGAUGGCCCAGAAAAGAGCUCUGCUGUUAGAACGUCAGCAAAGACGAGCUCAAGAGAUCAAGAGACGAAAACACGACCAGGACUUUGAGGCCAGUCAGCAGUCUUCCACAGAUGACCUUCUAUGUUCUCAGACUCUUCAGCCACUUUCACAGUCAUUGCCCACCUCAUACACCCCAGGCCCUCCUUCACAGGCCACGCCCCCAGGCACACCCCUGAGAUGGGGAGCGUUUACCAGGGCUGAGUAUGAAAGACGUCAUCAGCUGAGGAUAAUGGCUGAUCUAGAGAAAGUUCUCAAACAGAAGCCAACGAAACACAGUGGCAAAAAGCAGCACAACACGCACAAAAACCAUGAGAUAACUCGCUCGCCGGGAAAGAACAAAACAGUUAACCAGAAACACAGUGAAUCUCGACCAGCUGAUAAAUCAGUAAGCCAUUCAGAUUCACCCUCAAAGGUGAUGUCAUCAGGGCAGCUGGCCAAUCACAAUGGAGGGAAAGACUGGGAAAACCGAUCUAAUGCCUCCUCUCCGGCAUCCAUUCCAGAAUACAACGGUCCUAAAUUGUUUAAGGAGCCCAGUUUUAAAUCAAACAAGUUCAUCAUUCACAACGCUCUCUCACGCUGCUGCCUCGCUGGCAAAGUCAAUGAGUUUCAGAAAAACAAGAUUAUAGAGGAGAUGGAGAAAAGCUCAGCCAGUCAUUUUCUCAUCCUGCUGCGGGAUUCCAGCUGUCAGUUUCGUGCCAUUUAUACACUUGACGGCCAAUCGGAUGAGCUGCAUCGACUCUGUGGCGUCGGCCCGCGCGUCAUUACGCCGUCGGCCGUGGAGGCCAUCUAUAAAUACAGCUCAGAUAGAAAACAGUUCAACGCUCUGCCGUCUCGUACCCUGAGCAUGACUGUCGAUGCCUUCACUAUCCCCGCUCACCUGUGGCAUGCCAAAAAACAUGGCACACCAAAAAAAGGAGGCACACCCAAAUGAACCCCUCCCACUGGGACAAACCACUCCCCCUCCUGUGUGGUUAUAUACUUCUCCCAUCAUUACAAACUCUUGCCAGCAAAAUACGUUCAAAUAAAAGCACACAUCCCAUCUGAUUUGAAGUGCCAUUCCCCAAAAUAAACACUUACCAGCACAAAUCAAACCUUUAGUCGACAAUAAAGUGCAUUUAUUAUAAAACAGAAAGUCUUCUGCAUGAACAGAAAUAAAUGUGCCCUAAAGUUUUAACAAAAAUCUUCAAAACCAAAUCCUCUAUUGCAUGUCCGGUACAGUCCAAAUAUCUCUCUUAUCUUAUUGGACAAGACACCUCAAUAGAGCACAUCAAGCAUUAAUGUCUCUCUCAAUCUUUUACGAUACAAUCUUUUGAUAGAUUUUUUCCUGAAUCUCAACACUUGAAAUCUGUAGUUUUAGUGAGAAAUGCUGCUGAAGGUCUCUGGUGCUCGGAGAUGUUUGCUUUUCUAUGAUUUAUGAACAAUGAUGCUUCUCUUUAUGUUCAUCAUAUCUGUGUUUCUAGUAUGUAACGACUCUGAACGGAUUGCCAGCAUGUAUCAGGUUUGCUGUGUUUCAGAUCUGUCAGAUGGAUGUGGAUUCAUCAAAGCUGCUUAACCUGACCCUGUAUCAGUAUUACAGACAGCAGACGACUCCAGGCCGGAUCCGCACCGGAGCUGGUCACUUUGGUGCGGAUCUGGUGCUGAUCAGACCUGAAGUCGUCUGCUGUCUGAGUCCUCACAACAAAUAAGCCAUUAACAUUGUAAUUGGAUUACAGUGGCGAUCAAUCAUUACAGUUGUCCAUAGGACUGCGAUUUACAAGUGAGAGACAAAAAACAAACAUUUUCUAUUACGUUCAGGUUUUGUAGAUAGUGUUGUGUGUUUGGGUACAGGUAGAAAAUCACGAUUGUUAGCAAAUACUCUCAUUAAUGGAAAAUGUAUAGACUUUUCCCUUUACAUCCUAACAUCUCACACGUCUACCUGCUGUGUGUUUGUUCUUCUGAGGUGAUCAACAACAUUGCUCAAUAAAAUCAUUUCUAUUAUUUA